AUGGCAUCAGCAACAGCCAGACCGUCCUUCACAUUUAACCUCUCAACAACUCCUCUAACUCAACCAUCCCUUCCAAUAAGAACCAUCAAAAUCCAAUCUUUAAUCUCCAAAUCUAACUCCAUUUCAACAGCCCUUCAAAUCCCUUCUUCAAAACCCAAUUUCAUUACCAUUCCAAAAUCUCUGGAUGUUUCCAAAGAGGAUAAGCCCACAAUACCAUCACCAUCACUAUCAGAAGAAGAAAUUUCCAGCAAUGAUUCAAGUGAAGCAACCGUGAUUGAGCAGCUAGAAGAUGAAGAGGGUUCUACUUUUGACAAGAGAAGACUUGAGGAGAAAUUUGCUGUUUUGAACACUGGAAUCUACGAGUGUAGGUCUUGUGGAUACAAAUAUGAUGAAGGUGCUGGAGAUCCUUCAUAUCCGAUCCCACCUGGGCUGCCAUUUGAAAAACUGCCUGAUGAUUGGAGGUGUCCAACUUGUGGAGCUUCACAGAAUUUCUUCGAGAGUAAAAGAGUAGAAAUUGCUGGUUUUGCUCAGAAUCAGCAGUUUGGACUUGGUGGUAAUACACUUACAUCUGGCCAAAAGGCUCUGCUCAUUUAUGGUGGAUUAGGAUUGGGAUUUUUGUUCUUCUUGUCUGGAUACUUUCUUCAAUAA